GGUGGGGAGGGGAGAGAUGUUGAGCAGAGCAGCCUAAAGCAUCCUUAUUCACCUACUGUACUGCCUGCUCUGCCUCUCCUAGGGAAGAUAUUAACCUUUUCCUGCCAUACUGCAGACAACACCCAGUAAACCCACAUCUUUUCCUCCUCUCCAGCCUCCAUUCAGCAUCCCGGUCUCCAGAGCAGACACACAGGACCAAGAGGAGAGAAGACCAUCCUGUAGAAAGGGAUUUGGCUGCUCUUUUUCCUGGUCCUGUCUCCUGGUCCUUCCCCGAGCAUCAUGUCUGCAGGGGGAGAUUUUGGAAACCCACUGAGGAAAUUCAAGCUGGUAUUUCUAGGAGAACAGAGCGUUGGAAAGACGUCUCUGAUCACAAGGUUUAUGUAUGACAGUUUUGACAACACAUAUCAGGCUACAAUUGGAAUAGACUUCCUGUCAAAGACAAUGUAUCUAGAGGAUCGGACGGUCAGACUGCAGCUCUGGGACACGGCUGGCCAAGAGAGGUUCCGCAGCCUCAUCCCCAGUUAUAUCCGGGACUCCACCGUGGCUGUGGUAGUUUACGACAUUACAAAUUUGAAUUCCUUUCACCAAACAUCCAAAUGGAUUGAUGAUGUCAGAACAGAGCGAGGAAGUGAUGUCAUAAUAAUGCUGGUUGGAAAUAAAACAGAUCUUGCAGAUAAAAGGCAGAUCACCAUUGAGGAAGGAGAACAACGGGCCAAGGAGCUGAAUGUCAUGUUUAUUGAAACUAGUGCCAAAACCGGAUACAAUGUUAAACAGCUAUUUCGUAGAGUGGCGUCUGCCUUGCCAGGCAUGGAGUGCACAGAAGAGAAGAGCAAGGAUGGAAUGAUUGAUAUAAAACUUGACAAACCCCAAGAACCGCAAGUUGCUGAUGCUGGAUGCUCUUGUUAAUAUGCAGCACAUGACAGGUGAGCUGCCAGAGGCCAUGUGCUUAGCCCCAAGAUGCUUCCUAUUGGUUAGCCUGGAAAAACAAACAAACAUUAACAAACCACAUCUAGAGAAUGUCAAGAUCCACCACUGUUCCUGACCUCUCCCACCUUCCCCGGAGACCUUGUUUGCCUUUUGUCUACUUUCUCUGGUUCUUGUGUUGGUCUUGAGUCUUUUACCCUCUCUUCAGAGAUGUCUGACUCAUUUCACGAUUAUUCCACCAUGUCUCUUUGGCCCUCUUGUGCUCACAUUCCCAGAUCCUUAAAGGGGUACUCCGCCCCUAGACAUCUUAUCCCCUAUCCAAAGGAUAGGGGAUAAGAUGUCAGAUCGCCGCGGUCCCGCUGCUGGGGACCCCGGGGAUCGCUGCUGCAGCACCCCGCUAUCAUUACAGCACAGAGCGAGAUCGCUCUGCACGUAAUGACGGGCAAUACAGGGGCCGGAGCAUCGUUAUGUCACGGCUCCACCCCUCGUGACGUCACGGCCCGCCCCUUUCAAUACAAGUCUAUGGGAGGGGGCGCGGC